ACUUUCUCACCAACACGUUCCGAACGGAUCGGAAGGAGAGCGAAGCGGCGUUCCAUUCAUUUUCAAUUCCUGUACUUUCGUGGUUCGUUGAGUGUUAGAUCAGUCUCUGUGUACCGUGAAAAUUCGAAUUUUCUUCUGGAAAUUGUUGUCUGUUUUAAUAUUCGCGUUAGGACUAAUAAAAUCAUUUUUGUGAGGUCGAUUGAGGACGAAAAUGGAUGCUCAGAACCUUCCGUACGUGGCGGAAUACGCCAAAAGCGGUCGGGCCUCAUGUAAGAUGUGCAAAAACAAGAUUGACAAGGAUGAGCUCCGCCUUGGGGCGAUGGUCCAGUCGGCUUUCCACGAUGGGAAGCAAGCCCAAUGGUAUCAUGAAAAGUGCUUCUUCCAGAAGUUGAGGCCGACUACCGAGGGGGACAUUGCCCAUUUCGAAGGGCUCCGUUACGAAGACCAGGAGAAGCUGCGAAAGAAAAUUGCCACGGUGGGAAAUGGAGUGGUGGUACCAUCAUCAACUUCAGGAAAGGGCAAGGGAAAGAAACGGACGGCCGAUCAGAAUAUGGUGCUGAAAGAUUUUGCCGUAGAGUACGCAGCAUCCGGCCGUGCCACUUGCCGAGGAUGCGAGAUCAAAAUUCUGAAGGAUGAGGUUCGAAUUAAGAAGAUGGACUAUACAACCGAAGUCGGCAUGAAAUACGGUGGCCAGGCUAUGUGGCAUCAUGCGGAAUGUUUCGCCAAGCUACGUUCCGAAUUGGGCUAUUUCGAGAAGGGAGAAUCUCUGCCCGGUUUCAAUCAGCUGAAGAAGGAAGAUAAAGCGAAGGUAAAAGAGCUUCUUCCGGCGAUAAAACAGGAAGAAGUCCCAACAAAGAAGGUAAAGUCCGAACCAAAGGAUGAAGUCGAUUCUGCCAAGGAGGCUAUCGACGAGAAGCUUUACGCUCAACAGCAGAAAGCCUUCUUCAAAAUUCGUGAUAAACUCAAGGGUGACGAUAUGAAAAAGCAUGAUCUGAUCAGUAUUUUGAGCCGUAACAAUCAGUCCAUCCCGGAAGGAUAUGAUGCCUGCUUGGAGCGAGUUUGUGACAUUCUGACCUUUGGGGCACUCAAGCCAUGCCCGAAAUGCAAUGGACAGUACGUCCUGCAAAAGUCUGCCUACAUGUGUGAAGGCAAUCUUACGGAAUGGGUCAAGUGUUUGAACACGAACAAGACGCCUCCCCGGGUUCCAACGAAAGUCCCUUCUGAAAUCAAGAAAGCUUUUCCAUUUUUGGAGAAGUACAAAUCUGUAGUCAGCGACAGAGUAAUUAAAUACGUUCCACCGAGUCUGAAUACUACAAUGAAAAAGGUAAAGAAAGAGGAAACACAAGAACCCAAAAUCAAACGCGAGAAGCCGCCACUAUAUGAGUUGCAAUUUGUCAUUCUUGGCAAAACGGCAACGCCAAAGGAUGAGCUCAAAGAGAAGAUUCUGAAGCUGGGUGGCAAGGUGAGUUCUAAAAUCACCAACACAACUGCCGCAAUUAUUUCCACGCCGGACGAGGUUGAACGAAUGGGCAGUCGCAUGCAAGAAGCCAAAGAUCUGCAAAUACAAGUCGUUCCGGAAGAUUUUCUGGAGGAUGCUAAGAGUGGUGGAGCCAUUUCUUACAUUACCAGCAAAUCGAUUUGCGAUUGGGGCUCAGACCCGCACAGUCGUAUUCCACAGGAUGAGGAAAAAUCUAAAUCGAAGAAAAGCAUCUACACCAAAUCGGUCCCCUCGAAGAUGACACUCAAACUGAAAGGUGGCCUGGCUGUUGAUCCCGAUUCGGGGCUGGAUGAGGUGGCCCACGUAUACAAAAAGCAUAAGGAAGUGUACAAUUGUGUACUUAAUAAGGUCGAUAUUCAGACGGACAAGAAUUCAUACUUCAAGAUGCAGGUUCUGGUUGCAGAUAAGGGCAACAAGUUUUGGUUCUUCCGGUCAUGGGGUCGCAUUGGAACAACCAUCGGUGGCAACAAGUUGGAAAGUUGCAGCACAUUGUUGGAUGCCAUGAACUUAUUUGAGCAUCACUUCCAAGACAAAACCGGCAACAGUUGGGAUGAGUAUCGUCACGGGGCCUUCCAUAAGCAUCCGGGAGCUUACUACCCUGUGGACAUUGACUACAAUGAUGAGGAGACCAAAACGUUGGCUGAAAACAAUGACAUCAAAUCGAAACUGGAGCCAGCUGUCCAGGAUCUUGUGCGCAUGUUGUUCGACGUGGACACCAUGAAGAAGGUUAUGUUGGAGUUCGAGUUGGACAUGGAGAAGAUGCCAUUGGGUAAACUUUCGCAAAAGCAGCUCCAAUCUGCUAUGAAAGUUUUGUCUGAGAUAUCUGAGUUGAUUGUCAACGGAGGAAGCAAUUCUCAAUUUAUCGAUGCUUCGAAUCGUUUCUACACGUUGAUUCCACAUAACUUUGGCGUGGAAACUCCCACAGUUUUGGAUACAGUGGAGCAAAUCAAUGAGAAGCAAGCAAUGCUAGACAGCUUGACGGAGAUCGAGAUCGCUUACAGUUUCCUGAACACCGACACGGAUGCGAAGAAGAACCCGCUGGAUGCUCAUUACGAGCAACUCAAGACAGACAUGGAAACCGUUAAACGAGACUCUGAAGAGUUCAAGAUCCUCGAACAGUAUGUCAAGAACACUCAUGCCGAAACGCAUACGGCCUAUGAACUGGAGAUUGGUGAAAUCUUCAAGAUCAAACGUAAGGGCGAAGAUCGUCGGUACAAACCAUUCAGGAAACUACACAAUCGAAAGCUCUUGUGGCACGGUUCUCGUCUUACCAACUAUGUGGGUAUCCUAUCGCACGGUUUGAAGAUUGCUCCACCGGAAGCUCCAGUUACCGGUUACAUGUUCGGUAAAGGUAUCUACUUUGCCGACAUGGUUUCCAAAUCGGCCAACUACUGUUGUACCAGUCCUUCCAAUUCGACUGGCCUCAUGCUGUUGUGCGAAGUGGCCCUGGGCGACAUGGUCGAAUACAAGCAAGCUCACUACGUUACCAAGCUACCGGCCGACAAGCAUAGUACCAAGGGUAUUGGUCGCACUCAGCCCAAUCCGAAGGAAGCGCAUGUUCGUCCGGAUGGCGUAGAAAUUCCGCUGGGCAAAGGUGUUGUACAGGAUCCCAAGUUGAUGACCUCGCUGCUAUACAACGAGUACAUUGUGUACGAUGUGGCCCAAGUCAACUGUCAAUAUCUGUUCAAGAUGAACUUCAAGUAUAAGUAUUAGAGUAACGGAGACCACAGGUAAGUCAUUCUUUACUGGAAUCUAUACUGAACAAAUUUCCAAUCUGAUAUUGAAAUCCAAAAACCUAACAAGUACAACAAUAAUUGGCAAGUCCAUUUCUUAUCUUUUUUAACUUACGCGUUGCGAUUGCCAAAGAUAUUGGUGAGCGAUACUUGUUUAGUCUUGAAUUAAGUUUGUUACCUUUUAAUUACCUCUCAAAGAAAUGCAUUUAAGAUAAUCCAACAGA